AUGACAGUGGAGGGGGAGAAGAUGACCUGGGAGAGUGCUCAGAUGCACUGCAGAAAGAGUCAGACUAACCUCAUCAGUCUGCUCUCUGAAACCGACCACCUUCUGGCCCGGAGAGUGUUUCAGAAAGUCAACAUCACUGAGCGGGUGUGGAUCGGCCUGCGUAACCUGGACCAGCGUUGGAUGUGGGUGAACGGUGACUCUCUGGUGUAUGAGGCCUGGUCUAAAGGAGAUCAAGACUACCGAUGUCCAAUAUGGAAACGCUGUGGAGCUUUAACUAAAGACGGACUGUGGGAGAACUGGGACUGCCAGGAGAAACUCAACUUCAUCUGCUACUGA